AAAUUAAGAAAAAUUUCAGUGUACCGCUUCCAUUAUCAUGAUCGAUAAAAUAAUAAUUCAAAUAUAAAAUGUCAUACCAACAAUAGAUGGCAGUAACUUCUGAAGUCCAAAAUAAUUUUUUUUUUCUUUCGUACAUAAAAGAAACGUAAAUAAUAAAAGAAUUAAGAAUGUAUCAACUUGAAUCUCUCACGUGUCCAUUGUUGUGCCGGUAUUCGUAUUCAGUUUCAUAAAAUCAGUUAUCAUUCUUCACAAUAAUAAUCCACAACUAAAUAAAUAACUUAUCAGCAAAUAAAUAAAAUAUAUAGAAAUAAAUAAAUACGUAUUAUUUAAUUGCAAUAUAUUUAUUAAUUGUCAACCUUGUAAUCAUAACUUAUUGUCUGUUGAAAUAUUGAUAUGUAAAUAAAACACUAUUUUUUUCUUGUGUCCCAUUACAAAAUAAUGGCGUCAGUGUUCGAAUGGGUAUAAGAUCAGUCGUGUUUUAUUUUUUGAAAUAUUUAAUUAACAAGAAACGCAAUAAUAAUAUUUAAAUAAUAAAGGAUAACUGCGUCAACUGAAUAUUUAAUUGAAACUAGACAAUUAAUUUUUUUUUAACUGUUCGAAUUAAAAACGAUCGAAAUAAAAAUGUAUGAGCCAGAUGAUAUUGAUAUGCCAUUAUCAUCAUCAUCAUCAUUACCAGACACGCAACCUGCUGAUUCUUUGACUCAAACACAAUCACAGGACGUUAAUUCACAAUCACAACCACUUGGUAUUUGGGGACAAUUAAAUCCAACGAAAAAAUCAUCAAACCCUGAUGGAUUAAAUGCACCAUUUAUGAAUUUAUCAAAAGAUGUAUAUACACUUGGUAGAAAUUCAGAGUGUGAUAUUAAUUUUAGCGAAACAAGAACAGAUAAGCCCAAAUCAAUGAAAUAUUAUCAGAUAAUUAGCAAAGUCCAUUGUACUAUUACAAGAGAAGUUAUAAAUAAUAAUAAUGAUGUUGUUAUUUUUAUACAAGAUAAUUCAUCAAAUGGUACUUAUGUUAACAAAAAAUUGGUUGGUAAAGAUAAAAAAAUAGUGUUGGACCAUGAAGAUAUUAUUGCAUUUGCAAUGCCUGAAAAUGCUGUUUAUACAUUUAUCAGUUUGAAAGAUUAUGAAAUAAGUGGUUUACCUGAAACGUUGAAAUCUAAAUACAUUUCAUUAAAAACACUUGGUUCAGGUGCUUGUGGUAUUGUAAGAAUGGUCUAUUCUAAACAGCUUAAUAAAUCAUUUGCUAUCAAAGCUAUAUCAAAAAAAACCUCGGUGGUUGUACAAAGAUCGCCAUUUGAUGAUCCCGAUCGUAUUAUGAAUGAAGUUAAAAUACUACAAGCAUUAAAAAAUCCUUUUAUAAUUAAAAUGGCUGAAAUAAUAGAUACACCAUCAAAUUUAUUUAUUGUAUUAGAAUUAAUGGAAGGUGGUGAAUUAUUUGAUCGUAUUCGUGUAUCUUCUGGGUUGCCCGAAGAACAAUCAAAAUUUAUUAUCUUUCAAAUAACACAUGCUGUUAAAUAUUUGCACAGUCAAGGUAUAACUCAUCGUGAUUUGAAGCCAGAAAAUAUUUUAUUAGCAAACAAUGACGAUUAUCCGUUAGUUAAAGUGUCUGAUUUUGGUUUAUCGAAAUUUGUCGACGCUCAAACGUUUAUGAAGACAUUUUGCGGCACACCAAUGUAUGUUGCGCCGGAAAUACUUAAAACAAGUGGACGAGGUGCUUAUACUAAUCAAGUCGAUGUAUGGAGUCUCGGUGUGAUUCUUUAUGUAACACUGAGUGGUUACGUGCCGUUUAUGACUGAUAAUAAAGAAAUGAGUCUUCAAGAACAAAUUGUUCAAGGCAAUUACAGGUUUCCUCAGAAUAGAUUUGCACGUGUCUCGUCUGCGGCUGUUAAAUUGAUAAGAAGCAUGAUGACUGUUAAUCCCGUUAAAAGAUUAACGAUAAAACAAGUUAUGACUGAUCCAUGGCUUCAAGAUCGUGAAAUAACCGAACGUAUCAGUAAAUUAAUUGAUGAUUACAAUUUUGAAAAUGAAUCACCAAAUAUUCCAUCAGCUAAAGAACGACUAUUACAAAGGCAUGAGCAAUUACAGAUACAAAGACAUCAGUGUUUACAACGACAGCAAGUGCAGCUUCAAGAAGCCCAGCAACAACGGCGAGUAUUGAAUCGGCAACAAGAACAAACUAAUGAAGAUAAAAUGAGUGAUUCAUUUCGCCAAGUCUGUCAUAUUGACAAGAAGCCACGCUUUGAAUAAAAAAAAAAGUUAUACUAUAAUAAGUAUUAUAAUUUAAAGAAAAGUAUCCAACAAUUAUUAUUUUUAUUUUUUCUAACAAGCAUUUAAAGUACAACAUCAUCCACAUGUGUAAUAUUAAAUAAGUGCAUUAAUUUUUAGAUUGA